AUGUCGUUAGUACCAGUGAACGUCAAGUGGGGUAGAGAAAAGUACGAGGUUGAGGUCAACCCCUCGGAGCCGACUAUCGUUUUCAAGUCCAAACUCUAUUCUCUGACCAAUGUUGUUCCUGAGCGCCAGAAGUUGAUCGCAAAGGUGAAUUCUUUUUUAAAAUAAUUUUCUAUGUGUUAGUGUUUGCUUUCAGUGCAUAAUUUUUGAUUUUGAGGGAAUAACAUUCGGAGAUGAGUCAUGGGAAGGGAUCACCAUAACUCCCGGCAUGACUUUUAUGCUGAUGGGAAGGUUUGGAGCACGGAAAUAUGAAAAAAAGAGGAUAUUUUUCAGUGUCGGUGAGAUUCCCAGAGUUCCAGUGGAGUCGAUCGAAGUAAUAAGUACUCCGGAGGAAAAAGCAAGAGAAGCCAAGAGAAUAAUUCUUCCUCUCGGUUGCAACAACCUUGGCAAUACUUGCUACCUGAACUCGGUUCUUCAAGUUUUCCAUGUAAGGAAGGAGAAAAUGGGUUCUUAAAUGAUUUAUUAGAAGGAAAAGCUUUAAAAUAUAUAUUCUUUAAAAUUUCCUGGUUAUUCAAAGCUGUUUCCACGAAAUAGAAGCUUUUAGGGAUUGUUUAAGAAUCUGGUCGGUGAAUUGAAAAAUUGUGAAUUGGAAUUUAAUAAAAAAAUGUGGAGAAUAAUCGAAAAAAUAUCAUAAAAGAAGAUUGAUUUGAAUAUUUUGGCUUCGCCAGUCUUAGAACUUAUCAAAAUAACUGUGCGAUGGAGCGUACUUGAAAGAAAAUAAUUUUACGUCUCUCAAAAAUUGUAUCGUGUGUUGAUUUUUUCAACCAUGUCUUGAACUUUUGGCUCAAAAAUGCAGGUCUUAUGAUCAAGAAGAUAAAAAUGCAGCUCCCAAAAAUAUUAGACAGACCAAAAUGCAGCUCCCAAAAAUAUUAGGCAGACCAAAAUGCAGCUCCCAAAAGAAUAACGCUGGCCAAAACGCAGCUAAAAGUUGAUCAUUCCAAAAUUCAACCUCCCAGUUCCAGUGUAAUCUGGAUCAUCGGAACUUUUUUCAGAGACUCCCGGAACUCCGCCGGGGCAUCGCCACGCCUCACGUCGCCCGGGAUCAGAUGAUGUUCCAAGUUUUCAAGACGUUCAAGGAAAUCGACGGAUUGACCCGCUUGACCUGCGCUGCGCCUUAUAUGCUUCUCAAUGUUCGUAAUGAAUUGGAAAAAAAAUUUUAAGGGAAACUAGAAAAUUUGUGAAAGUUUUGACCGGAUUUUUGAAAGCUCUAAAAAGCGCGAAAAUAUUAAUUUUUCAUGAUUUUUAGCGAAUUUUUUUUUCCCGAUUUAUCGCGAGUUGUCGCAUGUUUUUUUGAAAUGGCUGUGUUUUACGUAAAUUUUGCAGAACUCUUAAGUUUUUUAAAAUUUUUCUCAAAACUUCAUGGAAACUUUCAUCAGAUCGUUUGGAGAGCUCUAAAAGCCCCAAAAUAGCCAAUUUUCUCGAUUUUCUCUCGAAUUUUUCCUCAAAUUUUCGAAUAUAGAACAGUUGAAUCGAAUAUGGACUCAAAAAACACGUUUUUCCAGAACUUGAUGACCGAAUAUCCGCAAUUCGCAUCCGUCGACGCAAACGGCCCGCAGCAACAGGACGCCAACGAAGUUUUCAUGGCGCUUUUGGAGAAAAUGCUGCGCGUCACGGACGGCAAUCCUGGUAAAAUCAGAAAAGAAAGCCUAUGGAAAAAGAGCCGAAACUAAAUUUAGAUGAGAAAUUAUCGAUUAGGGGGAAUUUCGAAAAAGAUCCCUUUGGUUUUGAAAUUCUGAUUUUAUUUUCCGUUUUAAAGAGAAUUUUUAAAUGUUAGAGGUUCUGGUAGAAAAAUCACCUAGGAUUUGAAAAAAGUGCCGCGUUCAGAAGUGAAAAAAAUGAGAAAAUAGCCGAUUAGUAAAAAAAAAAGCAGUUAGGCAAAAUUUGAAAAACUUCUUGGUUGAAAAAAAUUGUCAUUUUUUUGCUGAUUGAUGAGCUUUUUAUGAAGUUAAAGAUCCUGAUAGGAAAUCGUUCAAAAAAAUAACAUAGUUUUUUUGGAGAAUAGCUGCGCUUGAAGGUAGCUGAAAAAAAUAAGUCCAUCAAUAAAAAAAUAAAAUUAUUUGAAAGUUUGAAAAAUUAAGAAAAAAACCUUCGAAAAGGGCCUCAAAAAAAUUCCUAGACCAAAAAAAGGGAAGGCGAUAAAAAAAUAAUUAUGAAUAUUUUUGAAACAAACUUUGGCAAGAAAGGCCUUGGAAAUUUUUUUGGUAAACCAAAAAAACGUUUUUUUUCGAUGAAAAAAAUCAAUUUUUUUGUGAGAUGAUGGAAAUUUCCAUGAUUUUCAUAAAAUAAUUUUUUUAAAUAAGUAUUCAUUCUCAAUUCAUUGGUUAAAUUUACAAAAAAAUACAGAAAAAUCGAGAAAAAGUUAUUUUUUUGUGGCAGUCAGGUUGGCGGCUGCGAGUUUCGGACGUUCACUGAAAAAAAGUUUGAGUUCAAAAAAAUUCAAUGGAAAAAAUUGGGUUUAUAGACUUUCAAGUUUUGUAAUUUCUAGGGGAAAAAUGUUUUCUUAGUGGUUUUUGAAGCGUUGAAAAAAAUAUAUUGAUUGAUUUUUAAACUAAGAUAAAAACUCACAUUGAACAGAAUGUACAUCACUUCCUCGGGUUAGAAAUCUUCGUAAAUUUGAAUCGUGAGCGAUUAAAAUAUACGGCAUUGACAAGCUUACCUGAAAAAUUUGUUAAUUAAUGAUACCUGGAUUUUAAUUUUUGUAUUUUUGAACAGUGUUCAGAAAAUUUAUAAUGCCGUGUUCAAAGUGAUUUUCGCGAAAUGCAAAAUUAUCUCUGACUCUCCUAAACUUAGUUAUCUUUUUCUUUCUCUGACGGAUAUUUUGAAAUUCGCGGAAUUUGAACACGGCAUAACGUUGAAAUCCCAUUUUUGAUAUCAAAAAAAUAAACUUUUUUUAUAGGCUUAUUUUUUUCCUUUUUAAUCUGUAGAAAUGCAGUCAAAGAACAAAAUUUAUUAUAAAAAAAUAAUUCAAUAUUAAAAAAAUAAAAUCUUAGGAUCCUCACCGUAUCGGUUAGAAAAAGCCUGAACCACGAACAUGAUUUCGUCAGAAAUCAGUCGGAUCCCCAAAAAGUUUCGCAUUCCAAUCAAAAUCUAGAAAAUUAUUAUCAUUUUUCGCUGAAAAGGGAAAGCGUUACGGUAAAUGCCAGUAUUCCAAAAUGAAUCAAAGUUUGCGUCAGAGCGAUUUUUGUCAUUCUUUUCGUUGUAUCCGCGGAAUCGUAACCUAAAAUUAAGGAAAAAGUGAUUAUUCUUGAAGUUUUGAACUCCAAACUUGGUUCUAAUCAUAAAAUAGCCCUUGAAAAGCCACUCAUUUCAACUUGUCGAAAAGAACUUUUUCAACCGGUUCCCCCACAGGGGUGCACCCCUUCCUGGUCCAACACCAAGAGAAUUCACGAUAAUUCCACUUUUUUUGGGGUUCACUGCGGGGUACACCUUAGAGCAGCACUCUAACAAAAGUUGUGGUGCACCCCGUGUCGAACUCUCGUCUCACCCCGCAGUGUAACCAGGGGUGCACCCCAUUUAACUUUUAAUACCUGUUAAAAAAAAUAUUUCCGUACACGAUAUCGGAGUGGUUCGUUUCUCAAUAUCACCAUUGUCUGCAGUUUCAUCCUAAGCUGUUACGGUAGCUCAAAAUAAGAUUUUUAUUUUCGACUGGGUGCACCAGGGGUUCACCCCAUUCAGGUCCAACGCGCGGUGCACCGAGAAAGUUCACGAAAAGUUCACUUUUUUCGGGGUUCACUGCGGGGUACACCUCAGAACAGCAGAAUCCCGAAAAAGAUGAACUUUUCGUUGAUUUUUUCGGUGCACCCCGCGUUGGACCUGGAUGGCGUGCAUUCCUGGGGCGACCAGUCGGAAUAAAACGUUUUUUUUUUAGCUACCGUAACAGCCUAGGAUGGAACUGUAGAAAAUGGUGAUAUUGGGAAAGUAACCACUUUGAAAUAUUAUACGGGGUGCACCCCUGGUUACACUGCGGGGUGCGCCGAGGGUUCGACCCGGGGACCUUUGUUAGAGUCACCUUCUAGGAGCCUUGACAUUGUGAAGAGGUUGAUAAAGCACAAAAGAAUGUUAACGAAAAAAUAUAAAAGGCUGGAGAUGAACACAAUCGCAUUGAGAGCAUCAGCUACUUCCUAAAAAAAAAGUUUUUUGACAUUUUUUCAAAUUUCGCCUUACUUUAUUUGAGUACUGCGUCCAAAUUCCAUCCUUAUAACUGAGCCCAGCAUGAAAUUUUCCAUAAUAGAAAAGUGGGCUGAUCCCGAUGAAGCAUAGAAGCAUUGAAGCCAGGUAGACGGGAAUUGCGAACUUUUUCCAGAACUGAACAUUUUUGAGUUGAAGAAAAAUCAUAGGAUUUACUAAAACCCCUAUAGUGACCUCUUUUGCAAUCUAUAGUGGCCCCUAGAGUUGACCCUCCAAGGUUGCCCCUAUAGAAACCAUUCCGGAGUUCCUAAGUUAGAAUUGCAAGUUUUAGAGAGGAAAGAAAAAAGUUAUAGAUCAACUAUAGUCUAAAGAGACGCCAGAGAAAUAGAGAAAUCUUUUUUUAAAUUUUUCUCGAAAUAAUUCAUUUUGAAUUUCUAAAAAGAUGACAGAAUUGUUUUAAUUUAUUAGUGAUUUUUGCCAAAAUUUCACUACGAACCUGAUUUGAUUGGAAUAAUAAAGCUGUAGUUAGCCGAUGAAUACUGAUAAGAAUAGAACUGAUAUUUUGAGCCUGACCGAACCUUAAUCAUUUUUAUAAUAAAAAAAAAUAAUUUUUUUUACCAAAUAUUCGCUGUUUGAGUCACCGGCAAGACAUAAUAAGCAUUGUCCAAAAUAUAAAAUAAAAGGUCUCUCCCGAUUUUUUCCCGCAUUAUCUUUAUCGAGAACCAAACGUUCAGGAAACAUAGUAUGUUCUGAAAAAUGAGUUUUUUUUAACUGGAACUUUGCUAGAGUGUUAUAGUGCUUUUUGUUGACGGAAAAAGAAGGAAUUUUUCGACUUUUGACUUGAUUUUUAAUGCUAAAUGGCCCGCAAAAACAAAAAUUAUGGAAUAAAUCGAAGCUUUUCGGUCAUAACUCGACUAUGAAGCAGAAUUAAACCUUUUAUUCAAAAUCAAAAAUUUUUAAAGUACCUUCCAACCAAGUUACGACAAAAUUUAGGCCUUAAAAAAUUCCCUCUGUGAGAAAAAAUUAUAAAUUACCAUAGCCAAGUCACACUGAACGAUCCGAUAGAAAGAGUACUUGAAUUUUUUCGUAAAUAGCAGGAAAAAAAUCAAAAUCAUCAGAAGUAGCGAUGGAACUCCGUAGAUAAUAUGAAGAAUCGUCAGAAUUUGCAUUUCAAAACGUUUCGAAUGAAGAAUUAUGAUAGAGAAAAUGAAUGGGCCUUCCAAAACCUCGAAAAAAAAAGAAAAGUGUUCCUUUUCGCCUUGUAAUUAUUCGAAAACAUUCACUCCAACCUAUAGUUGUUGCUCUGAGCUUUUGCUGCACUUUAGAACUUUCUAGUAGUUUUUUUUAGCUCUCAGGGCAAAAAAUAUGCAAAGAAAUUUUCGAAUGAAAUCUUUUUCACCUGCUACGGAAGUCUACGGCAAAACGUAGGAAGACUUUUUGAAAAAUCCAUCAAAAAAAUUCUGAGCUUCAAUUAAUGCAUAAAAAAAUAAAAGCCGAACAAGGAAUCAGUCCAAACUAUAUACAAAAAAAUAAUAAAAAGCCUCAAAAAUCCAGAAAAAAAUAAAAAUAAAAUUGCACAUUUUCUACGGCUAUUUUUUUUCCAAAGUGCUAUUACUUUUUUUCGAUUUUUUUUUGGUAUAAAAAUUCAACAAUCUCCCCAUUCAGAGCCGGGAAAAAAGCCUCGUUGUUACUUCAAAGGCGUUUUUUCCACGGAAAUGAAGUGUUUGGAAUCCGAAACCGAGCCUUCCAUCACCUCAAACGAGGAUUUUUAUCAAGUAAAACUACUUGCCUUUGAAAAAUUGAACAUCAAAAAUUCAGCUUUCCUGUUUCCUGAGCCAGGAAGUCAAGUACAUCCAGACGGGCAUCAAAAAUGGCCUGAAAACGGAGAUUUCGAAGAACAGUCCGACGCUUGGAAGGGACGUGAAAUGGCUCAAAACGGAGCUCAUCACGAGACUUCCCAUGUACCUGCCCAUUCAGAUCGUCCGCUUCUUUUAUAAGGAAGCUAUUCAGGUUUUUGCACUGGAAAAAGAAAAUUUUCGGGUUUUUUUGCCUAAAAAUCCAAUGAAAGAUGUCUACUCUUUUCACGCAAGAAAUUUAAUAAAAAUUUUAAAAAAAGUGAGAUAUUCUGCAAAAGCAAAAAGUAGAAGCUCUUCCAUGGUCUGUUCAAAUUUUGAAUUUCAAGUUGUCGCUUAAGCUCCGCCCCUAAUGGCGCAACAUCCGGUCAGAAAGCGAGUAAAUCACAGAGCGUUUUCGAAUGACGUCAUUGUAUUUCCUGAGGCAUCGAAGCUCCUCGUUUCCCUUACUACAAACAACCAGUAAAAAAAGACUUUUGGUGAAUUUUCCAAAACUGAACUUUUAAAAAAUGAAAUCUCUUCAAGAUUCAUGAUAGAAGAACUUCAAUUUUUGUUUGUAUAAAAAAGCUCUGGAUUUUUUUUUUGGCCUAUCAUGUCUGGUUUGAAAGAGCACGCGAAAAGGUCUCUUUAGUUAUUUUUAAAUGAUAUCAAUUGAACUCGAACGAAAUUUUUCACUAUUCCGGUAUAUCUGAGUCAAAAAUGCUUCGUACUUAGGAACUCCAUUGUGGUUCCUUUAGGGGCAACCUUGCCAACUCCUAUAGGGGCCACUAAAGCUCUCGAAAGUGAUCCCUUUAGGGACAUGCUUUUCGAUAAUUGUUAUGAACUCUAAGCGAAGAAGAAGCAUUUCCUUCGGAAAAACAGAAUAAAUACGCGUUUUUGAAUGGAAUUGAAAGACUCCUAUAGGGUCCACUUGAGCCUUAAGGGGCUUAGGGGUCAGAUCCUAAACCCCUAUAGAGACCACCUUUAUUUUACCCCUUUUCAAGUUUAAUUUUUCGGCCCCUAUAGAGGUUGUAAGGCUUGGAAAUUGCUACAAACACAUUAAUUUUGAUUUUUUCUGAUUUAUUACGGCGUUAUAAGAAAAUUUAGAUAAAGAAAAGCAAGUUCCUAACUGAAGUCAUUUUUGAGCUUGAGGAAAAUCGAGGGAAUCAUUUUCUAUUUUAUUCCAUACGUCCUUAGCUAAAAUUUGAGAUCUCCAAGAAAAAAAGACGUUUCCAGACGACUGCCAAGAUCCUGAAGGACGUCAAGUUCCCAUUGGUUCUCGACGUCUUCGACUUUUGCUCGCCGGAACUUCAGAAUAAGCUCCGCCCAAUGAGAGCUGCGAUUAAAGUGAAUUUCGAACCAGUAUGAAGAAAUAAAUGAUAAUUUUAUCAGGAGCAAGACGAUGCGUUGAUCGAAAUCGAGAGCAAGAAGAAAAUGAUGGACAAGGAUGAGGCCGCGGUGAAUAAAUAUUUAUUCUUUCCAAGGAAAAUUGAAUUCCUAUGAAGUUCUAGGUGUUCAGGAAGAGUAUUAGUUGAAAUUUGAGGGGAAAAUCGAUUUUUUGAAUAUUUCCUUCAUGGGUUAAGAGGUUCAAAAUUGCCAAAAAUCAUUAAUAUCAUGAAAUUUUGCGUAUGGACGUUCUUUUCCGAGUUUUGAUGAUUUCGCCGUUUUUUGAAGAUCUCUGAAAAUUUUUAUAGGCCACUAUAGAGGCUCGCCAAAGACUACUUGGGGAGGACACUAAAGGGGCCACUAUAUCCAACUCUAUAGUGACCAUUAUUUUCCAUUUUAGUGGCCACUUCAGUAGUUUUAGAUCCAGUGUUCCUUCCAGUAACUCUGAUAACUUUAAAACCAACAGAUUGGACCAGUUAUGAUGAUCCAUGGACCCCUAAAGUGGCCACUAGAAUUUUUAGUAGUCUAGUAGUAGCACGUAGACCUCUAUAGUAGCCAUUAAUUCUUAACCACUUAAGUGGUCACUAAUUUGACCGCUAUAGGGGCCACUGAAAAUUUUCCCAGACAGAUCACUUAAAAGGUGAAAGUCAAUUUUUUCGAAUUUUUUCUUCUUGAGGUUCCCGAAAAUCCUUAAUAUCAUGACAUUUUACGCUCUAAUUUCGAAAUUUGAUGAUUAUACAGUUUUCUGCCUUUUUUCAGGGCAUUCGGGGAGAUUAAUAGUUAAAAUUUCGGGUGAAAAUCGUUUUCCUUAAAUAUUUUCUUCGCAAUUUUUGAUGGAUUGAAAGGUUCGAAAUUGCCAAAAAUCAUAAUAUUAUGACAUUUGCGCUCUAGUGAAAAAACCGUUUACGCAUUAAAUAAAAAAGAGACGUUCUUUAAAGAAUUUGGAUGAUUUUAAAGUUUUUCUGGUUUCGCCCCGAAGCUUUUCACAGUUUUGUAUAUUGAAUAUUCAUUUUGAUUUUUUGUCAAUUUUGAAUCGUUUAGAAAUUGAAAGAUGAUGGCGUCUUGCUGCCGACCGAGUUCCCGGACGAUGUCGGGAGCAACAAUUCGGGAUUCUACGAUUUGAAGGUGGUUUUCAGGGUAUUAUUAAAGAAGUUAAUGAAAUAUGGGGUUUUUACACAAAAAAAAACGGGCCUUUUUCUGAUUUACUGGGUUUCUGAAUAUUAGUCCACUAGGAUUUCACAUUUCCAAGGUUUUUGGCGGAUUUCUUGGCUGGCUUAAGAGAUUUUAGUAAGGUCUUCUAUAGGGUUAAGGAAAAAUUAUGGAGAUUCAGACGUCGUUUUAUUUUUCUCAUAUGAAGCUAACUUCAAAUGGACUGUAAAUUUCUGAAAACUCUGAUUCUUUGAUUCUUUCCUCUCCUUUCUUUUAAAUGAUUUUUGAUACGACUUUUCUGAUUCCUCCUGAUUCAGAAAAAAAAAAUUUUUUUCGCAGUGAAUCUGGUUUUCGAGUUCUAACGUUUCAAAAGCUUAAAAAAGCUCUUUUUGUCAUAAUUUGUGUGACCUUUGAAGCUUUAAAAAUCGGAAAAGAAAAAUUUUUUCCUUGUUCUGGAAUCAGAAGGUCUUAAAACUUCAGAAAAAGUUCAUCAAACUCAACCGGGGCUUGAAAACGUUCCCUAGGGAGUAGAAAGUUGAACGGAAAGAUUUAGUUUAAAAUGGGCAAUUGAACCAUUUUUGGUUCUGAGAAGCCAGAACAGUGAGAUCUUACAAAUAUGUUUUUCAAGGCUGUCGUCACCCACAAAGGCCGUUCCGUCAAAUCGGGCCAUUACGUCGCUUGGGUCAGAAUCCGCGACCAAUGGGUCCUCUGCGACGACGAGAACAUCUCCUUCUGUACCGCUGAAGAUGUAGGCGUCGACUUUUCGAAAACAGAAAUUUCUCGGGCAAAGUAGGAAUGAUGGAUAAUGGCCUCUAAAAGGGAGAGGCUCGAAAAAGGCCGCAAAGUGGGUCCCUUUAUCGAGCCUUCUGUUUUUCCUGGGAUUUCAAAGGCUCAAGAAAUGGUGGAAAAGGGGAGAGGCAGCAAAAAUGGUGCAUAAGGGCCGAGAAAAUGACCCAAAAAGGCAGCAAAAAAGGAACAAUUCUAUGGAGCCUUUUUCCACACUGUCGACUUCUCCUAUGUUUUUCCACAUUUUUAAAAAUCCUUUAUAUGAUUUUUUUUUUUUUGACAGAGUAUUCUUUCCUUCUGGAACUUUUCUGAAAUUUUUGAGGGCCUUUUCUUUUUUUCUACCUUCCCUGGAGCUUAUCGAUUUUUUUUAUCUCCUUUAAAAGGACCUUCCCGAUUAAAAAUCAUGAAAAGGCGCUAGAAGACGUCAUUUUUUAAAAAUUCCUGUUUAGUCACUUUUAAACUUUGCUCGGUUUUUUUUCCUCAAGCUUUUCGUAGCCUUGGCUUUCAGAAGUCUAGAGAUCAGCUUUUUUGAACUUUUUGAAAACCCACAUGGUUUAAAAGAUGCGAAAAGAUAUUUUUCAUAACCCUUCAAAACUUUUUUUAAAGACUUUCCUUCAUUUGCCUGACUUCUUCUGAUUUUUCCAAAAAAAAAAAAGAAUCAAUUUUUCAGGUCCUGAAGACGUCGGGCGGCGGCGACUGGCACACGGCCUACAUUCUGCUCUACGAGAGCCGUCAAAUCAAAAAAUAUGCCAAACCAGAAACUGCGGCUCAAUCCAGUUGA